CAUAGCCAUAGCACUGGCAUAAUAAAGGGCUGGUAUGUGUGGGAGCGAGAGAUACUAAUUGUGUGUCGGAAUAGAAGUGUCAUUUCCACUGCUAUUUGUUAUUUCAUAAACUAAUUGUAUAUUAAUAUAUAAAAUGUAUUGAUUGUGAUUUAAAUAAUUAAUGUGAAAAACAGCGAAAAUUUUGUGAUAUAAAUCGUUGUGAAUAUACAAGUGAACAGAAUUUGAUUUUGUGUGCGAGAAUCGGUGUGCAAAACCGACACCACUGUCCAUAUGGCUACCAGUGCUAAUGAGAAUACGUAUAUUCUGCAAGAGACUGGCUCAGUCAACUCUACCAACAAUCAGGGAGGCGAUGAUGACUUGGCAUCGCAAUCGACAGCUACGCCCAGGGAUACGAAGCAACUGGUGUUUGAGCCCAACUGCAACCGAUUGGGACCGACCAGUAAUCUACACCAAACCGGCUUUAAUUAUGUCAAUAGUAUUAUCGGAUCGGGAGUUAUAGGAAUUCCUUACGCUCUCAGAACGGGUGGCUUUGGGUUCGGAGUCAUAUUAAUUAUGAUAAUUGCGUUAUUAACGGACUACUCGUUGUGUAUUUUGGUUAAAGCGGGAAAUAUGGUCGGCGUUAACACAUAUCAAGAUUUAGUGCGCGCGGCGUUUGGCAGCCCUGGCUAUUGGCUCUUGACUUUCAUCCAAUUCCUGUACCCAUUCAUCGCAAUGAUAAGCUAUAACGUAAUCAUCGGCGACACCACCACUAAAGUACUCAUCAGAAUAUUCAACGUCUCGCAAAACAGUUUACUCGCAAACCGUAAUGCAGUCGUGUUUUUGUGUUCAAUAUUAGUCACAUUUCCGCUAUCGUUAUACAGAAAUAUAUCCAAAUUAAAUAAAGUUUCCCUCAUAUCACUACUCUUCGUAUUCUUCAUCCUAUCGUUUAUAUUCUUGAGAAUCGAAACCUUUUCGGACAAAAUACCCAAGAGCGAUGACGCCUACGAUAUGGUGGGCCCGGGUAUCACGGAAUCCAUAGGAAUCAUAGCGUUUGCAUACAUGUGUCACCACAGCUCGUUCCUGUUGUACGAGUCGCUGGAGAACCCGACCCAAAGUCGCUGGAAUCGGAUCACUCACAUCUCGGUCUCCAUCUCUUGUCUCAUAAUCCUGUUGUUCGGUGUCUUCGGUUACACCACAUUCACGGGCUAUAGUCAGGGAGACCUCCUCGAGAACUACUGCAACUCUGACGACUGGGCUAAUGUGGCCCGCAUUCUGUUCAGCACCACCAUUAUGCUCACCUACCCUAUCGAGUGCUUCGUAGUGCGCGAGGUGGUGGAGAACGCCAUAUGGGACGGCAAACCCCCUGAAACCAAGACCCACCACACGAUGAUAACUGUGGCCAUCGUUGCCACGUGUUUCCUAUUCUCCACUUUCACCGACUGUUUGGGUAUUGUCUUAGAGCUCAACGGCGUAUUGGCUGCCGUUCCCCUGGCGUUCAUACUGCCGGCUCUCUGUUACCUGAAGCUAGACUCUGGCCGGGCGUUGGAGUGGCGAAAGGCGCCGGCAUUCCUGUUGGCGCUGUUCGGCUUCGCGGUCGCCAUUGUCGGCACUUUCCUGGCUGUGGUUCGGGUGAUCGAUGGCGUCAAAUGCAGUCACGGCAAGGAAAUGGACUACUGUUUGGCGCCCCACCAGCACACCAACCACACGGUGUCGACGCUGCUAUCCCUGGCCGCUAACCACACGUCCAGACCUUAACCCACUAGUGAGAUGUUACCCCAACAAAGCCAACU